CUACGGAAGACAGCUGAACACUCUCUCUCUCUGCUCCAAGAUUAGCCUAAACUCAGCCAACAACCACCAUUCACUUCAGAUUAUCCCAAAGUUACACGAUUUGCCCUCGCGCUGUGCAGACUUCCAAGUGUCAUUGCUUUGCUUUUGCGCUUCAGCUGCGAACAGAGGCGGCGUAGCGGACCGAAAUGCACGCGUAUUACUAUGACAGUUUUGAGAAGAGGGAGCCCGAAGAAGCAGCGCUGUAGUUUCUUUGCAAAAGGCGAGGAAUGAAAUCUGAGCAUCGAUGUUUCACUGGGGCAAGUGGAAGAAGAGGAUGGGCGCCAACAGUUCUUCAAAGAGACCAGUUUUCGACGAGAAAGAAGAUGUGAACUUUGACCAUUUCCAGAUACUGCGGGCCAUUGGGAAGGGCAGCUUUGGCAAGGUGUGCAUUGUCCAGAAGAGGGACACGGAGAAGAUGUACGCCAUGAAGUACAUGAACAAGCAGCAGUGCAUCGAGAGAGACGAGGUGCGGAACGUCUUCAGAGAACUGGAGAUCCUGCAGGAGAUCGAGCACGUCUUUUUAGUCAACCUCUGGUAUUCGUUCCAGGAUGAGGAGGACAUGUUCAUGGUGGUGGACCUGCUUCUGGGGGGAGACCUGAGGUACCACCUGCAGCAGAACGUCCAGUUUGGAGAAGAGGCUGUAAAACUCUACCUGUGUGAGAUGACUCUAGCACUGGACUACCUGCAGAGCCAGCACAUCAUACACAGAGACGUCAAACCAGACAACAUCCUACUGGACGAACAGGGUCACGCUCACCUGACAGACUUCAACAUCGCCACCAUCAUAAAGGACGGAGAGAGAGCCACGGCGCUGGCGGGGACCAAGCCCUACAUGGCGCCUGAGAUCUUCCAGUCCUUCGUUAGCGGGGGGACGGGCUACGCGUUUGAGGUGGACUGGUGGUCGCUCGGGGUGACCGUCUUCGAGGUGCUGCGUGGAUGGAGGCCGUAUGACAUCCACGCCAGUAACUCAGUGGAGUCUCUGCUGCAGCUCUUCAGCACCAUCAGUGUCCAGUACAGCCCGGCCUGGCCCAAGGACCUGGUGUCCCUCAUGAGGAAGCUGCUGACAGUGAACCCUGAGCACCGCUUCACCAGCCUGUCGGACAUGCAGAGCGCCCCCUACCUCGCCGACGUCAACUGGGACGCCGUCUACGAGAAGAAGAUGGACCCUGGAUUUGUACCUAAUAAGGGCCGUCUGCACUGCGACCCCACGUUUGAGUUGGAGGAGAUGAUCCUGGAGUCUCGGCCGCUACACAAGAAGAAGAAGAGACUGGCCAAGAACCGAUCCAGGGACAACAGCAAGGACUCACAGUCUGAGAAUGACUAUCUACAAGAGUGCCUUGAAGUGGUCCAGCAAGAAUUUAUGAUCUUCAACCGAGAAAAGUUAAAACGGCGUCAGGAGGAGGGUCCCUCUGAGGCGGGAGGCGACAGCGGCGAGGGAGAACCAGAGGCCGGAGCUACAGACGAAGACCUCCAGGACCCAGAGCCAGACCCAGAACCGGACCAGGACCAGGACCAGGACCCGGGACCUGAGACGUCGUCCAAACUGAGCAUGUGCGGCUCGGUUUGCUCCUCCCCCGGCAGCUGCUAGCACCUCCUCCCGUCGCCAUGGAGACCGGCUGCGUUUGUGCCAUGUCUUUGAUAAAACCUCAGUCGAACCAGGAGUCUACACUUACACACAGCUGCUCCUAUACUUAGAUCCAACUUUUCAACUUGUUAUUAGUUUAAUAGUUUUUACAUUUUUGAAGAUGUUUGUAUGUGGUGACUGUUUAUGGAUGACAUUUUAAAACGUUGGGCAUAUUGAAAGCAGUACAGUGUAAAGUUACCGUGCACCUUUGAGCAGAUAAGCAAGUUCAAACAUUACAAAAGGUUCUGGGUCCACAAUGGACAGUCUUAAAACAUCCACUUACAGGCCCAGGCCACUCAAAUGAAGCUCCAGGUUUUAUAUUAUGAAUAGGAUUUUUUUGGAUGGACAAAAUAGCGAGAAAAAAACAGGAUCAUGUAGAGCGAGUUAAUAUGAAAAUUUUAAAACCAAAAUGACGAGGCUCACAGCAGCACUUACAGAGAGAGGGGCCACAAUAUUCCAACGAAAAUCAAUGGGACCCAGGGUCAGAAGGAGCCCGAAUAGUCGCAUGCGAACUUCCUAUUUGGAACGUGGUGGCCAGUGCUUUAGAUAUGUCCAUUUAUAUUCACAGUCUAUGGCAGGAACCAAUUAGCCAGGCUGGCGCCAAAAUUUCAUUUUUCUCCAGCAACUAGGUCAGGAAUCAGAAUACACUAGACGGUUCGCAAAAACCCCGGAAGUUGUAGACUUCGCACCGGCCAAUCAGUGAAGAGCUGCGACGCCAUGACGUUAAACUCAAGCGCCUGUCUGGGUCCUUUUUGUGGUACAGCACAACAGUAAACAAAGCAUCGAGAUGGAUGUAGACGAAGACAGACAUGCUGUUCCGAGAUCGAGAAUUUAAAGCCGGAACAAAGAGAAUGUUUGGUGAAUUUUAUCAAAGGGAAAGACGUUAUUGCCCUUCUUCCUACGGGAUUUGGCGCAUUACAUACAUCAUGACCAAAUAGCAGCGAUUCAUUAAAUUAAGAAAAGUACCCGUCUACCAUCAAGCGAACAAAUCCUAAUGCUGAGAGGUCAGACGGUUUUCCACAGAGUGAAACCAACUGAUGAAUCAGGCUAAAAACCAAUAGCCAAUCCGGCAAAUCUCUC